AUGAGCCAGGGCCAGCCUCGGAGGCCCGAGGGCGGGGAGGCCAUGCAGGCCGACCGGCCAAUCAAGUACGGCGACGUGUUCGACGUGUCCGGGGAGCUAGCGGCGCAGCCCGUGGCCCCCAGGGAUGCGGCGAUGCUGCAGUCCGCCGAGAACGAGGUGCUGGGGCUGGGGCAGACGCAGAAGGGCGGGCCCGCGGCCGUCAUGCAGUCGGCCGCCACGCUCAACGCGCGCGCCGGCCACGUCGGCCGCGGCCAGCUCACGGGCCCCGUCGCCGACGCGGGCGUCACCGUCACCGAGGCCGACCUCCCCGGCCGCCGCGUCGUCACCGAGUCCGUCGCCGGGCAGGUCGUGGGCCGGUUCGUCGCGCCCGCGCCGGUGACGGCCACCGAGCCGUCGGGCGCGCUGGACAAGGACGCCGUGACCAUCGGGCGCGCGCUGGAGGCCGUGGCGGCGGCCGGCGCGGGGGCGAAGCCGGUGGACCAGAGCGACUCGGCGGCCGUCCAGGCGGCCGAGAUGCGCGCCACGGGGUCCAACCUCACCGUCCCGGGGGGCGUCGCCGCGGCGGUGCAGGCGGCCGCCGACCAGAACGAGCGCGCCGCGCGCGAGGAGGACAAGGUCAAGCUCCGGGACGUCCUCUCGGACGCGAGGAGUAAGCUGCCGGCGGACAAGGGGGCGACGAGGGAGGACGCGGAGAGGGUCGUGUCGGCGGAGAUGCGGAACAAGCUGGACCUGACGACCACGCCGGGCGGCGUGGCGGAGGCGGUGACCACGGCGGCGCGGCUCAACCAGGAGCGCCCGUAG